CACGCUCGUUUACUCAGCUGGUCAAUCAGUGGCCUUUUGAUUCAUUUUUGCACCAGCUUCCUUAGCGGAGUAGAUACGUUAUUGAUUAGCAGCCAGGUAAUAGGUUAUGCAUUAGGAGCCUGGGACAUGACACAUGAUGGAGCUUGUGCCAGCGUUCAUUCCGCCAUGGAGGGCCGAGACGCUUGUCCGACGCCCGGCGGGGAGCCCGGAGGAGUGGCGUGCUGCGGCGCCAGGCUGCGGGUAUCCGAACGCUACAAGACGGAAACGCUGCUCUUGUUGAAGCUUGCUGGUCCCAUGUUCAUUUCCCAGCUGAUGAGCUUCCUGAUCAGCUUCGUCAGUUUGGUGUUCUGCGGUCAUUUGGGUAAAACCGAGCUGGCCGGGGUAUCGUUAGCCAUAGCGGUAAUCAAUGUGUCAGGUAUCUCCAUCGGCAGUGGUCUGGCGUCCGCCUGUGAUACCCUCAUAUCUCAGACGUACGGCAGCGGCAACCUGAAGCGCGUGGGCGUAAUUCUUCAGAGGGGGGUCCUAAUUCUGCUGCUGGCCUGCUUCCCCUGCUGGGCCGUCCUCGUUAACACUCAGCCCCUCCUGCUCGCCGUCGGUCAGAAUGCAGACGUCGCCAGCCUGUCCCAGCUCUACGUGAAGAUCUUCAUGCCGGCUCUGCCAGCCACCUUCAUGUACCAGCUGCAAGGGAGGUAUCUUCAGAAUCAGGGCAUCAUGUGGCCCCAGGUGAUAACCGGCGCCAUCGGGAACAUAUUUAAUGCAAUCAUCAACUACAUCUUGCUGAAGGUGAUGGACCUCGGGGUGGCUGGCUCAGCUGCAGCUAACGUCAUCUCUCAGAUGUCCUUGGCUGUGUUUCUGUUCGUCUACAUGAUGGCCAAAGGUCUUCACAAAGCCACGUGGGACGGCUGGACGUCAGACUGCCUGCAGGACUGGGGUCCCUUCCUGCGUCUGGCCAUCCCCAGCAUGCUGAUGACGUGUUUGGAGUGGUGGCUCUACGAGGUCGCCGGCUUCCUGUCGGGUUUGAUCAGCGAGGUGGAGCUGGGGGCCGAGUCCGUCGUGUACCAGAUGGCCGUCAUGGUCUUCAUGUUCCCGUUGGGCUUCUCGGUAGCCGGCAGCGUCCGUGUCGGAAACUGUCUCGGUGGCGGGAACACAGAGCAAGCCAAGCUGUCCGGCAAGGUUGCCGUCUUUUGUGCACUCAUCGCCUCAUGCUUCGUCGGGGUCUUCCUCGCCGUGUCUCGGAAUGUCAUCGCUUACAUUUUCACCACAGACAAAGACAUCGUGGCGAGGGUGGCGGAUGUCAUGUGGUUGUACAGCAUCAUCCACGUGGCCGACGCCUUCGCGGCGGUGGCGGGAGGUAUCGUCAGGGGGGCCGGCAAGCAAAUUGUGGGAGCGGCGUGCAGUUUGGUGGGUUACUACAUGGUGGGCUUCCCCAUCGGAGUGUCGCUGAUGUUCCCCGUCAACAUGGGCAUCAUGGGACUUUGGACCGGGUUCCUCAUCUGUGUGGUGAGCCAGUCGCUCUUCUACGCCAUCUUUUUGUACCGACUCAACUGGAAGAAUGCCACAAUGGAGGCGCUGGUACGAGCUGGAGUCCAGGUCCAAGAAACCGGCAGGAUCUUCGCCAUAGAAAACCAAGCAGGUGACCAGGAGCGCAGUCCUUCCAGUCCCGCGGAGUCCAGGUCGGCCAAGUCAGACCACCCGGCCUUGUCCCUCAGCCAACUGGCGUUACGACGUGGACUCACGGUGCUCGCCAUGGUCGCCCUCCUCGUUGCCAGCGUCUUCGUCAGCGAGCUGCUAGUGGAUCUCCAGUUGGCCGAGUGAACGGAAGAUUUUUUAAAGUGCACCAAAUAUCCUGAGGCGGGCUGCAAACAUGAGGGCGACCCCUACUGGCAGGCCGAUGAAGUAGUAGCCCACCAGGUUGGACACGGCAGCGAUCUUCUGCAUUCCGCAGCCCACCAGGAUUCCCGAGCAGACGCACUACAGAAGAACAGAAACACGUCUUAGCCGACAGUACGUUGAAACAAGGCUUGUUUCAACCACUAGUGGGCAGUGCAAUUGUUACUCUGUUCUAAAAUGUGCUGUGAGUUAUUAAAAAGUAAGGAUUAA